UGAAUAAUUUCUCAUUCAAAAGCAAUUUACUUGAGUGAACAGACGUGUUUAACGAGCCAUAAAUAUGGCGCAUAUAGGAAAAGGACCCGGUAAACCUAUAGACAAAGGAGCAGCAGGCGACACGCUUAGCAUGUCCAGCGGAUCCUCCACAGAUGGCCAAGAGGCUGCCGACAAAAAGAAAAAGGAUCUACUACCCACUACACCAGUUAUACCCAUACCGGACUAUACCGAGGAAGAUUUGAAUAAGCUUAUCAUGUAUGUUCAGCGCAUGACAAUGCUAUUUGCGUUGGACCAUCGUGACUGGUGCGAGGAGACGCUUAAUACGAUUAGGCGUUGGUUUAUGGAAGUUAAUUAUCCUCUUAUGACUAUUUUUUAUGAUCGCAAUAUACUCAGCGCAUGUUUGGGGUUCCCGUUGGCUCCUGUGGCUGACAUUUGCUAUUAUGUCCGCAAGCCAAACCAAAUUUUCACCGUCGAUGGCUUUCAUGAUGAGAUAUAUUUCGGUACCAUACAAGAGGAUGUUGACGGUUGUUUACUCAAAAUUAUGCAAUAUGUAUAUCAGCCAAUAUUCCGUAACUACAAGGAUUGGAAUGACAAUAUUAAGAGUCGCUUCUGUAGAGCAAUGGAUAAAUUUCUAUGUUAUCUGACGAGUUUGCAUUACAAAAUGUCCGGUCUUACAGUAUUAUAUGUGCCUUAUGUGGUAAAACAGAUCUCACGACCAGACGUUCAGCACGAUCGUGAGUUCGUUAAAAAUCUCGAAGCGAUUGUGGUCUAUUGGACGACCCAGAUUCGUACACUCAUAAAUGACAAGACACUCGUUGCACAACAUGAUUUCGUGGUGCCAACCGAAGAGUACGAGUUCUGGCUCUAUCGAUUUGAAGUAUUACAAGGAUUAGACACACAAUUGCAACACGAGGACGUACAACAGAUUAUACACGUUUUACGCAAUUCACAUUCGGUUUAUAUAAAGCAAGUGGAUGAACUCAUCGAAGAAUGUCACAAUGAAAUGGAAGAGGCCAAAUCUAAUAUAAAAUAUCUCUUUUUGCUCAACGAGCCUUGCUCACACAUCGACCAGGCCGAAUCACCAGCUGCAGUGCCCGCCCUCAUACCACGGAUUUUAAACAUCAUUCGCUACAUUUGGUUGAAUUCCGAGUUCUAUCAGCGGCGAGAUCUAAUCACAGGUCUAUUUCGCAAUCUCAGCAAUCAAAUUAUCAAGUUCUGUCUGGAUCAGGUAAAUGUCGAUAAAGUCUUACAGGGAAACUCGCGUUUCGGCAUACGUAUGGCAAAUAUGGCAAUCGAUUGCUGUCUCUCGUACCGAGCCAUCUAUGAUUUAAUGUCGAAGGAACAUGCUAAUCGUAAACCUGAAAUUGGUUGGGAUUUGGAAAAUGCUAUGAUCUUUAAUCAUGUGGAUGCUUUCAUUGAACGUCUUAAUGAUUUGAUUGAUAUCUGUGAAUCGAUGAUUGUAUUCGGUCGAUUGGAUGAAACCGAGGCAAUACCAAAGCCAACUUUUGGCGGCACUAACGGAGAGGAGUUCGAACGCACUGCAGAAGGAGUUGAGAAACAAUUUAUGGUGUUGCUGGAUGCUUUGGAACACGACUCUAAGGAACUUAUAUUGAAUGUGAACAAAAAUGAGUGGUACGAAGAGGUUCUAAAAUAUCGGCGCACAGUGCAGAGCUUUGAAGAGACCAUUCAACGACUGAUGUCUAAUGUUUUCCAACGCAUCUGCAACAUCGAGGAGGGUCUGGAGGUACUCAAUGUAACACUAUUCUACUCCUAUCGCGCUAGCAUACGCAAAACUUAUCUGCGUCAAGUCAGCGACGUCUGGAUAAUGUUCGACAAAGAAAUGUCUGAUACGACGAAAAUGCUAAUGGAACGUGUGAAGUUACAUGAAUCUUGGCUGCCAUAUUAUGUUUCGCGCGCCAUCGGCUAUCGCAUUAAUCUCGAACGCUUGCAGUGGCUACGCGAUCGUCUCAAUACCUCCGAAUGGAUGCCGGUGGUAUCUGAAGCGAAAAUAGUGCUUGAUAAAUUUGAAAAUCUUAAAAAAGAUUAUCUGAAAGAGAUCAAAAAGGCAUUCGAUGAUUGGGUAAAUAAUUGCAGUAGCCCCACGCUAGAGAGUCGUUUGGAGCGUACUUUGCUCAUACGCAGUAAGGUCAAACGCGGCCUGAUGGAAUGUAAUAUGGAUCGCUCGAUAUUGAGCAUAUGCGAGCAAGCACGACACUUUGACAAUCUUGGCUUUCAAAUACCACCAACCAUACGAAAGGUAUACGAUCGCUAUAGCACACUACAGUUUGUCUAUAACAGUGUCUUGACCGUAUGUUUGGACUACAAUCGCAUACUAGCCGCACUCUCCGAGCAAGAGCGUGGUCUCUUUCGUGCGCUAAUUCACGCAUGCGAUCGCAAAAUUGCACCUGGUCUAUUUAAGCUUACCUGGAGUGGCGAAUUAAGUGAUGCUUAUAUCGCCGACUGCGCCAAGCACACCAAAAAACUUCAGGACUCAUUGGAUAUUUAUAAACGCGCCAACCGCCAGAUCGCGAAGACAUGCGAGAAAAUCUGCGAUACAGCCCUAAUAAAGAUAGCGCUAAGUGGUGCUGUGGAAUUACCAGUGUUUGAGUUGUCUUUGGCAGCCUCCACACGUAAAGCAACCAACAUUAUUAUAGGACACUACGAAACAAUUGUGGACUUACUAUUUGCGGUAUUCACGGAGUUUCAACCUGUUCUGACUGAGAUGGAGAGCGAGUGGUAUGAGUAUAUCAUACAGUUUGAUACUAUGCUGAAUGCUGCGCUCAUGACCUGUGCCCGCAACUCUUUGCUAAAUGUGUACAAUCUAGUGCGUUCUGAAGGUGACAUACUACCAUCUCCCAUACUUAUACUGGAAGCUGAUAUUGUCAAUGGCAAGAUACAACUUACCCCCAAUAUGAAGGACAUCAUGCAGCUUUUCUCGGGUAUAUUCGAGCGUGUUAGCACAAGUCUGGCGAUCUUCCCCAGACUCACCGCAAAACUGAAAUUGCCAAAGGACUAUCAACAACCGUCUUUUUCUACGACUUUUGCUAAUGAUCUAGAGGCAAAAGAAAUUCAGUCAUCACUUGAAUAUGAAGUAAAAUAUAAUGAGGAAGAGAUCGAAACAUUCUUGAUGGGUUGGCGUUAUUAUCGUGAUAUUUGGGAAAAAACAGAAUUGGAAUUCACUAAACACAUACUAUCCACCGAUCAGAAAUCGUAUAUUUUCGAGCAAAGCAUUGAGUACUACAGCAGUUUGGCUGAUGAGAUCGGCAUGAAAGAUUCCAUAGUGAAUGUAUACUUUAUAUUGGUUAAUCAGAACUUCCUCAAGAACACGCUAAUGGAUUAUAUCGAGAAAUGGCAGAUGUUGAACAUAAAACUACUGCUGCGACGUGCCACAACUAAAAUUAAUGGUGUUUACCGUUAUAUGCGUAAGAAUGGUGAUCGCAUACAGAUUAUACCACGUAACCUCAAAGAAGCUCGUGAAGCAACUGAACUAUACGAAUUUCUAUUCAGCGAUGCGCCACGUAAACAAGCGGAAUUUCCUGCAAUGCUGAGUCUAUUUAAGCUGCUCGAUUACUAUCUGGUUGAAAUACCCGAAGGCACGCGGAAACUUGUCAAUAAUCUGGAGACUCAAUGGGAUGCGUAUUUGAAAAUCUUAUUACAUUCUAGUGAUAUGCUGGAAAUGACACGUGAGGAAUUCAAAAAGACGUUGCUGAGACAAGCAGAGAAAUUUAAGACAGUUAUGAAAGAGUUUUUGGCAGAUUUCUUGCUGAAAUUACCAACCUCCGCACAAACCAAACCGAAAAUCGCACUCAAAUACUUAAGAAUUAUCGAAAAUAAAGUUAGAGAUUGUUUCAAUUUCGAAAAGAGUUUAACUACCGAUUUAAGCACAUUCCAUAUUAAUCAACCGGAUAAUAUGGAUUUGAAGAAAUUAGAGAAUGAAUUACAAGUUGUUAAAGGGAUAUGGGAGCUCAUACUUGAAUGGCAAACAGCCUGGGAUGAGUGGCGCAGAUCCAAUUUCUGGCAAAUCAAUAUUGAUGAAAUGGAAGAUAUGGCCAUUAAUUUGUACAAAGAGUUCAAUACCUUAAAUAAACGGUAUAUUGAUCGGGAUUGGGAGAUGUUGCAAGUAACAACUAAAAAUGUGGACAGUUUCCGACGUACACUACCCUUAAUAACGGCGCUCAAGAAUCCUUGCAUGCGAAAGCGGCACUGGGAUAAUGUGCGAGAGACCGUUGGAGUGUACUUCGAUGAAAACUCGAAAAAAUUCACACUAGAACUUAUCAUUAAUCUGGAUUUUCAAGCCUAUUCUGAAGAGAUUCAGGAUAUCUCAAAUGCCGCUACAAUGGAACUGCAAAUUGAAAAUGGUAUAAAAAAUAUUGCAAGCGUUUGGCGCAAGCAAUCUUUCGAAAUGGCCUUCUACAGAGAUGGUAUAUAUCGUAUAAAGAAUGUAGACGAUUGUAUGCAGCUACUUGAGGAUCACAUGGUACAAAUAUCCGCUAUGAAAUCCACCCGUUUUGUGGAACCGUUCAUGGAAGUUGUCGAUUAUUGGGAGAAGACCCUCUCAUAUAUAGCAGAAACAAUCGAAAUGGCAUUAAAUGUACAGCGACAAUGGUUGUACUUAGAGAAUAUAUUUGCUGGCGAGGAUAUACGUAAGCAAUUGCCGAACGAGGCGAAACGUUUUGUCGGCCUAACAGAUGAAUUUCGUAUGAUUACUUCGAAAAUGUUCAAUGCCAAGUCAGCGGUACGGGCCACACAUCUUCGUAAACCGCCAUUUUUGCUCGAUCGUUUCAACAAAAUGGACGAACGUUUGGAGCUUAUACAACGUGCUCUAGAAAUAUAUUUGGAGUCGAAGCGUCAGUUGUUUCCACGUUUCUAUUUCAUUUCCAAUGAUGAUUUGUUGGAGAUUUUAGGCAAUGCUAAGCGACCAGACUUGGUGCAGCCGCAUUUGAAGAAACUCUUUGAUAAUCUGUACAAGCUCGAGUUGAAACGUGUUGGCAAAACUAUGAGUCGGUUUCAGGGAUUGGGCAUGUAUGCGGACGAUGGUGAAUAUGUGGAAUUCCUCAAUGUGUUGUACAUAGAAGGUCCCUCCGAGAAAUGGUUAAAUGUAGUUGAAGAUUUCAUGUUAUCCGUUAUGAAAGAGCGGCUCAAGCAAACACGAGCCUCACUGAAGAAGCUUAUUAGUAAUCGAGAGCAGUGGUUAUCACUAUGGCCAGGCCAAAUGCUGCUCACAACAUGUCAGAUACAAUGGACCACCGAAUGCACACGCAGUCUAAUCCAUUGCAAGAUGGUCGAUCAGAAAAAACCGCUGCGCAAACUGAAACGCAAACAGAAUAAAGUUUUGUUGAAGCUAUCGGAAUUAAGUCGUAAGGAGCUCACAAAAAUUAUGCGCCUUAAGGUCAACACGCUGAUCACAAUUGAAAUUCAUGGACGAGAUGUGAUCGAUCGCAUGUACAAGGUGAACUGCAAAGACGUCGGCCACUUCGAGUGGUUCUCACAACUGCGUUUCUAUUGGCAUCGUGAAUCUGAACUCUGCGUUAUUAGACAAACAAAUACAGAGCAUUGGUAUGCUUACGAGUAUACCGGCAAUUCAGGACGUCUGGUGAUAACACCACUCACUGAUCGUUGCUACAUAACACUGACGACGGCACUGCAUUUACAUCGCGGUGGCAGUCCUAAAGGCCCAGCUGGUACUGGUAAAACGGAGACUGUUAAAGAUUUGGGUAAAGCCUUGGGUAUGUGGGUGAUUGUCACGAACUGUUCCGAGGGUUUGGAUUACAAGAGCAUUGGAAAGAACUUCUCUGGGUUGGCACAAACUGGCGCUUGGGGAUGUUUUGAUGAGUUCAAUCGCAUCAACAUCGAAGUAUUGUCUGUAGUAGCACAACAGAUUUUAUCAAUCAUGUCUGCCCUCUCCGCCAAACUCACCGAGUUCAACUUUGAGGGUAUCGUAAUCAAGCUAAGACAUACGGUAGGACUCUUCAUUACCAUGAAUCCCGGUUAUGCUGGCCGUACCGAGCUACCAGAUAAUCUAAAAUCAAUGUUCCGCCCGAUAGCUAUGAUGGUGCCUGAUAAUGCUAUAAUAGCUGAAAAUUUGCUCUUCUCCGAUGGUUUUUCAAACACACGCAGUUUGGCGCGCAAAGUUUUCACACUCUACGAGUUGGCCAAACAGCAACUGUCGAAACAGUAUCACUACGAUUUCGGUCUGCGUUCAAUGGUGGCGCUUUUGCGUUACGCCGGACGAAAGCGUCGUCAACUGCCGAACACCAAUGAGGAGGAAAUCGUUUAUCUGGCUAUGCGCGAUAUGAAUGUAGCGCGUUUAACGGCCAACGAUUUGCCACUUUUCAAUGGCAUUAUGUCUGAUAUCUUUCCUGGUGUUACUUUACCCGUUAUUGAUUAUAGUGACUUCAAGAUCGCAAUUGAAGAUGAAUUGAAAAGCAACGGUUUACAGCUUAUACCUAUUGCCAUCAAAAAGAUUAUAGAAUUGUAUGAAACAAAAAAUUCGAGACACUCCUCCAUGAUUAUCGGCAAUGCAGGCACCGCGAAAUCGGUCACCUGGAAAUGCUUGCAAGGUGCUUUUGGACGUAUGAACACCAAUAAGCAUCCCGGUUGGGAGGCGGUCAUAGUACAUCCAGUUAAUCCGAAGGCGCUCAAUUUAGCUGAAUUGUAUGGCGAGUAUAAUUUGGCGACCGGCGAGUGGUUGGACGGUGUGCUGAGCUCGAUUAUGCGUGUCAUAUGCGCCGAUGAAGAUCUCACACAAAAAUGGUUGUUAUUUGACGGGCCCGUCGAUGCCGUGUGGAUUGAGAAUAUGAAUUCGGUUAUGGAUGAUAACAAAAUUUUAACUUUAGUAAAUAGCGAACGGAUCACAAUGCCGGCACAGGUUUCGCUCCUAUUCGAAGUAGCCGAUUUAGCUGUGGCCUCACCAGCUACCGUUUCACGCUGUGGAAUGGUCUACAAUGAUUACAACGACUGGGGUUGGCGUCCGUUUGUUAACUCGUGGUUGGCGCGUCAAAAACUGCCAGAAUAUGUGAAAUUGGUGCGGGAAUAUUUCGACCAAUAUUUGGAUAAAGUAUUAGAUUUCAAGCGGCUACGUUGUAAGGAAAUUGUCAAAACAAACCAAUUGAAUGUAGUCAUGUCGAUGUGCAAACUACUCGAGGCUUUCGCCACAAAGCAGAAUGGUAUUGUGCCCGGUAAUAUGGAUGUGCUGGAAACAAUGAGCAAGCUCUGGUUUCUGUUCUCACUCAUUUGGUCUGUCUGUGCAACUGUUGAUGAAGAUAGCCGCAAUCGUGUGGAUUCUUUCAUAAGAGAAAUUGAUAGCUCAUUUCCAAUCAAAGACACGGUUUAUGACUAUUAUGUCGAUCCGGCGCAUGGCACACUUAUGCCUUGGGAGAGCAUGCUAUCCGACUCGUGGAAGUAUGAUGAAAAUCUUCCAUUUUAUAAAAUCAUUGUACCCACUGUUGAUACUGUACGCUAUGAAUAUCUCGUUUCCAAACUACUACAAGAAGAACACCCGGUUAUGUUGGUUGGGAAUGUGGGUACUGGUAAAACCUCUACGGCGGUCAGCGUUAUGGAUUCUUGUGAUAAGACCAAAUAUACUGUGCUUUCUAUAAACAUAUCUGCACAGACAACAGCCGCUGGAUUGCAGGAAUCGAUUGAAAAUCGUACCGAGAAACGUACAAAGACCUUCUUUGUGCCAAUCGGGGGCAAACGCAUGAUUUGCUUCAUGGACGACUUUAAUAUGCCCGCAAAGGACACUUACGGCUCACAGCCGCCGCUGGAGCUCAUCCGUCAGUGGAUAGAUUAUAAAUAUUGGUUCAACAGACGCAAUCAACAAAAGAUCUAUGUGCAGAAUACGUUGUUAAUGGCAGCUAUGGGUCCACCCGGUGGUGGACGACAAGUGAUAUCGCCACGUACGCAAAGUCGUUUCGUGGUAAUCAAUAUGACCUUCCCUACGGAAGCAACCAUCAUGCGCAUCUUUGGCACUAUGCUGCAGCAAAAACUAAUACCAUUCGCCAAUGAUAUACGUGAGGUUGCUUUGAAAAUCACCUCCAGCACCAUAGACCUAUACAAUUCUGUAGUUACACGCAUGCUACCGACACCAGCGAAGUCUCACUACUUAUUCAAUUUGCGCGACAUAUCGAAAAUAUUUCAGGGUCUACUGCGCGGUCAUCACGAGGCACAGACGAAACGCGCAAGCUUUCUACGAUUGUGGGUACACGAAGCUUUUCGUGUGUUUAGCGACCGUCUAAUCGACGAUUUGGAUCAGGGCUGGUUCAUAAACGAGGUGAAUAACAUACUCGGCAAGUAUAUGGAAAUCACCUUUCACAGUUUGUGCCCGAACAAAAUUGUACCCAUAUUUGGUGACUUCAUGAGCAAUCAAGGUUACUACGAGGAUUUGGGUUUUGAAGAUCUUCGCAAAUAUAUCAACCGUCAAAUGGAGGAAUACAACAACUUCCCCGGUAUGGCGCGCAUGAAUUUGGUAUUCUUCAAGGAAGCUAUAGAGCAUGUGACGCGCGCUGUACGCGUCAUCUCACAGCCGCGUGGUCACGUGCUGAACAUCGGCAUUGGCGGUUCGGGCCGGCAGGCACUUGUACGCUUGGCUGCUUUUAUUUGUGAAUUCGGUACUUUUACAAUUGAAGUCACAAAGAAGUACAAAACCGUCGAAUUCAAAGAGGAUUUGAAAAAUUUGUACAAAGUGACGGGCAUCAAACAACGUGGUACCGUAUUCCUUUUCAGUAAUGAACAAGUGGCGGAAAGCGCAUUCCUAGAAAUACUUAAUAAUAUGUUGAGCACUGGAGAAGCAAAUCUCUUCAAAUCCGAUGAAUUCGAAGAGUUAAAAACGGAAUUGGAGCGACCAGCUAAAAAGGCGGGCAUACAGUUCACAACCGAAUCGCUCUACAACUUUUUCAUGCAAAAUGUACGCGAAAAUAUGCACGUGUCACUAGCUAUGAGUCCCAUUGGUGAGGACUUUCGCAGUUAUAUACGCCAGUACCCAGCUCUAAUUAAUAAUACCUCACCGAACUGGUUCCGGCUUUGGCCGCAAGAGGCGCUAUUGGAGGUGGCACAGAAGUUUUUAAUGGGCUUCCAAAUAAAUGUUGCAGUACCCGGCAAAGAAGAUGAGAAACACAGAGACAGUUUGAUUGUUACCACUGAAGACAGGCUGCAGAAAGCUGUUGCUUACGUGUUCUCUGUGAUUCAUUCUAGUGUGGCACAAAUGUCGGUGCAAAUGCUAGCGGAAGUAAAACGGCACAAUUAUGUCACAUCACCCAACUAUCUGGAACUGGUAAGUGGUUUUAAGGCGCUACUAGAAAGUAAACGCUACGAAGUUUCGUCGAGCGCAAACAAACUACGAAAUGGACUCUCGAAAAUUCAAGAAACUCAAGAGAAAGUAUCAGUAAUGUCCGAGGAAUUGAAAAUCAGCUCGGAACAAGUGAAAGUCUUAGCUAAAGAAUGUGAAGAAUUUAUUGCAAUUAUUGAAAUACAAAAAGCCGAGGCUACAGAACAAAAGGAAAAAGUCGAUGCAGAGGCUAUAAUAAUAAGACAAGAAGAAGUUGUUUGUUUAGAGUUAGCGGCAACAGCGCAGGCUGAUUUGGACGUCGUUAUGCCGAUGAUUGAUGCUGCAAUUAAGGCCUUAGAUGCGCUAAGUAAGAAGGAUGUAGCCGAAGUGAAGUCUUACGGACGUCCGCCAAUGAAAAUCGAGAAAGUCAUGGAAGCCGUAUUGAUACUGCUGGGAAAAGAACCUACCUGGGAGAACGCCAAGAAAGUGCUCGGCGAUGUAAACUUCUUGAAUGACUUGAAAAAUUUCGAUCGUGAUCAUGUCACCGAUAAGACCCUCAAAAGAAUUGGAUUAUACACCAAAAAUCCAGAGCUGGAACCCGAUAAAGUAGCUAUAGUAUCUGUGGCCUGCAAAUCACUUAUGCAGUGGAUUAUGGCCAUCGAGAAUUACGCUAAAGUAUAUCGCAUCGUGGCGCCAAAGCAGGAGAAGUUGGACAAUGCAAUGCGUUCGCUGGCUGAAAAACAGGCAAUGUUGGCAGCUGCUAUGAAGAAACUAGAAGAACUUAAUGCCGCCAUAGCUGAACUAUAUCGUCAAUUAAAUGAGAAGACAGAGCUACUUAAUGAACUGCGAAUAAAAGAGGAAAAGUUGAGAAAACAACUUGAACGCGCCAUCAUUUUGGUGGAAUCUCUGUCAGGCGAACGUGAACGUUGGAUUGAGACUGUUGCCUUACUGGAUAUAUCAUUCGAAAAACUGCCUGGCGAUUGCCUACUAUCAACAGCAUUCACAUCAUACCUCGGGCCAUUCGAUACCAAAUAUCGUGAUAUUCUCGUUGAGAAGUGGAUCGGCUUGAUUGUCUCAAAUCAGAUUCCCUGUACCGAUGAAAUGAAAAUAACGCUCUUCCUCAGCGAUGCCGUGACCAUACGCGAGUGGAAUAUACAAGGUUUGCCGGCCGAUGACUUCAGCACAGAGAAUGGUGUCAUUGUUAUGGGAGGACAACGUUGGCCGCUCAUUAUAGAUCCUCAAUCGCAAGCGAAUACUUGGAUCAAAAACUAUGAGGCUAAUAACGAUUUAAAAGUUAUUGAUUUUUCGCAAACUGACUAUCUAAAGUCUUUGGAGCGUGCGAUGUCAGCUGGUAACCCGGUAUUGUUGCAAAAUGUUGGCGAAGCUUUGGAUCAAGCAAUAAAUCCGAUUUUACGCAAAAGCUUUACCAUGCAGAGUGGACAGAAACUGAUCAAGUUCAAUGAUAAAUAUAUAACCUACAAUGAUAACUUCAAAUUGUACAUAACCACCAAAAUCACAAAUCCACAUUAUCCACCGGAAAUUUCCUCGAAAACGACUAUUGUUAACUUUGCUGUGAAGCAAGAUGGCUUACAGGCACAACUAUUGGGCAUCAUCGUGCGUAAAGAGAAGCCAGCGCUAGAGGAGCAAAAGGAUGAAUUGGUAUUGACGAUCGCACGCAACAAGCGCACACUUAUUGAUUUGGACAAUGAGAUCCUGCGUCUUUUGAAUGAAAGUCGUGGUUCACUGCUCGAGGAUGAUGAGCUUUUCGCUACACUGCAAAAAUCGCGCCAAACAUCUGUGCUUGUAAAGGAAUCCCUGGCUACCGCUGAAGUAACCGAGAUCGAAAUCGAUUCCGCGCGUCAAGAAUACCAACCGGCAGCCGAACGCGCAGCUAUACUCUUCUUCGUACUCAUGGAUAUGUCCAAAAUCGAUCCGAUGUAUGAAUUCUCACUGGCCGCUUACAUUUUACUAUUCAUACAGUCUAUUGAGCGGAGUCCGAAACAUCAGAUCGUUUUCGAACGUAUACAGAAUAUAAACGAUUAUCAUACCUAUUCCGUUUAUAAAAAUACUUGUCGUGGCCUGUUCGAAAUGCAUAAACUUCUCUUUUCCAUACAUAUGACGGCCAAGAUCUUGGAAUGUGCCGGCAAACUAGUCGAAGCGGAAUACGAUUUUAUACUCAAAGGUGGUAUCGUACUUGACAAACAAAAUCAAGCACCUAAUCCAAGUCCAAACUGGAUAAGUGAACAGGCUUGGGAUAAUAUAACGGAACUAGACAAAGUCGCAGGCUUUCACGGCAUAAUAGAUUCGUUUGAACAAAAUCCGAAAUUAUGGCAGAUGUGGUACGCCACCACAACGCCCGAGAGCGAGGACCUCGUCGGUGAGUGGAACGACAAAUUAACUGAUUUUGAGAAGAUCUGUGUCGUUCGUUGUUUACGACCCGAUCGUAUCUCUUUCUGCCUCACUCAAUUCAUCAUCAAUACACUUGGUCCACGCUUUGUGGAACCGCCCGUUUUGGAUUUAAAAGCUGCCUUUGACGAAUCCAUCUCACAAACACCACUUAUUUUCGUGCUUUCGCCUGGUGUAGAUCCCACACAAUCACUCAUCACACUAGCCGAUCAAUGUAGAAUGUCUCAACGCAUGUUCUCACUCAGUUUGGGGCAAGGUCAAGCACCGGUUGCUACGAAAAUGAUCAUGGAUGGUGUACGUGAUGGCAACUGGGUAUUUUUGGCCAAUUGCCAUCUUUCCUUAAGUUGGAUGCCCACAUUGGACAAAAUUAUUGCCACUAUGCAAACAAUGAAACUUCAUAAACGUUUCCGUUUGUGGUUGAGCUCAAGUCCACAUCCCGAGUUUCCUAUCUCUAUACUACAAUCCAGUAUAAAAAUGACUACAGAACCACCACGUGGCAUAAAGGCGAACAUGCGUCGUCUAUAUAAUAAUAUAAACGAACAGAACUUUGAGUCGGUUGAUGAAACGGGCAAGUACAAAAAGCUCUUAUUCGCUUUGUGCUUUUUCCAUACGGUUUUGCUGGAGCGAAAGAAGUUCUUGCAACUUGGUUGGAAUGUUAUAUACAGCUUUAACGAUUCUGAUUUUGAAGUAUCCGAUGUACUGUUGGCUUUGUAUUUAAAUGAGUAUGAAGAAACUCCUUGGGGUGCAUUGAAAUAUCUCAUUGCUGGCAUCAAUUAUGGCGGGCACGUGACCGACGAUUGGGAUCGGCGCUUGCUCACUACAUAUAUAAACCAAUUCUACUGUGACGCCGCUUUAACUACAAACAAAUUUCGCCUAUCUUCACUCAUAAAUUAUUUCAUACCCGGCGAUGGAGACCUGCAAUCGUAUAUUGAUCAGAUACACCAAUUUCCGAACUUUGACAAACCGGAAGCGUUCGGUCAGCAUCCCAAUGCGGAUAUCGCUUCAUUGAUUGGUGAGACGCGUCUGCUUUUUGAGACGCUAAUGUCGAUGCAAGUGCAGACCACCACUUCGGUAGGCGAGGGUAUGGAAACGAAGGUUCUGCGUUUAGCCAAAGACAUAUUUGCGAGCACUCCAGACGAAAUAAAUUACGAACAGACCGCCAAGUUAAUCGGCAUUAAUCGUUCGCCACUCGAAGUGGUGCUGCUGCAGGAGAUAGAGCGUUACAACUUUCUGCUGAGCAGAAUGAAAGUGCAUAUGCGAGAUUUGCAGCGUGGCAUAAAAGGACUUGUCGUGAUGAGCACCGAACUAGAAGAUAUUUAUCAAUCAGUCUAUGAAGGUCGUGUACCAGCAGUGUGGCUGAAAUCUUACCCGUCCUUAAAACCGCUGGCUGCGUGGUCACGCGAUCUCAUACUACGCAUCGAACACUUCUCACAGUGGGCUAAAACGCUGAAACAACCAAUGCUCUUCUGGCUGGCAGCAUACACCUUUCCUACUGGUUUCCUUACAGCAGUGCUGCAGACGUCAGCACGCGCCACCCGCACGCCUAUCGACGAGCUGUCAUGGGACUUCUUUGUAUUCAUCGAGGAUGAUGCUCAAGCGGCACGUAUAGUACGCGAAGGUGGUGGUGUCUAUGUGCGCAAUCUCUUUUUGGAAGGUGCCGGUUGGUUACGCAAGUUGCAGUGUCUGCAGGAUCCACAACCAAUGGAGCUGAUAUCGCCAAUGCCCGUGAUACACUUCAAGCCAGUGGAGAAUCUUAAAAAGAAAACUCGUGGCGUUUACCAGUGCCCUGCUUACUAUUAUCCACAGCGCGCGGGUUCCUUCGUUAUUGCUGUGGACUUAAAAUCCGGUAAUGAAAAAGCGGACUACUGGAUCAAACGUGGCACUGCUCUCUUACUCAGCCUUAGUGUGUAAUCCCCGAGCGGCACUGCUCCACUGUAGCUCAAUCCAUUCGCUCUAAUUAAUUUAUUGUUAUUUUUUAUAAUUUGUUGGACAACUUCAUGCAAAUAAAGCCAGAUACUUUUAAAAUAUAAA